GCCGAAGGCUGGACUCGUACACCCUGUGCACUACAUCAUAUUCACUAAUUGCACCAUCUGUGGAGCGUGUUUUGCUUGUUUUACAAACCCUCCAAUCGCUGCACUGUUUUGCAGACGGGCGCGUGCAGCCAGCAGCUAUCUCACUUCUCACUCAAAGUGCUUCACUAACUAGUUUUCCCAAGUUGGAGAAAUAAACUUCAAAGAGACACAGCGGAGGAUACGGACACUUUUUCAUAGUGUUGCUUCGACUUGCGGAUGUACCACUCGGUUAUCACUUAGUUUCAGUUUUUAAUUGUCUUUUUCCUGCAUCCAAAAAGGAGGAAAAGGAGGUGGACCCCACGCUCAGUCGCCGGUCUCGUGGCUUCUUUGUAUACAGCAGCAGCUGUGUGUAAAUGCAUGGGCACACAGCGUCUACUGCUCCUUGAGGGACAGUUUAUUCGCCUCGUCCCGUCCUUCAUCAGCAAUGAAGUGACUGAACCAGGUGUAGAAGAGGAAUAUCUGAACUUUUCCUGAACCUUUUUUAAUCCCAGUGUCUCAUUCACUCCAGCAGAGAUUGGGUCAGUUCCAUCGCCUCUCUUUCUGCGUCUCUCUGUGUGCGCUUGGAUUGUAAACGGCAGAAACAAAUUGCUCUCCGUACAGAGCAGGCUACAGCGGCGCGGCUCCCACUCUCUCAAACCAUGGAUGUAAGGUUUUAUCCGUCUGCUGGGGGGAAUUCUAUCCCUGGAGAUUCACCAAACCUGGAUUUUGCCCACUGUUUGGGCUACUACAACUUCAAUAAGUUCCAGAAUAACAACAACUACAUGAACAUGACGGAGGCCAACAGUGCCCUGCUCGCUGCUGGAGAUACUUUUCAUACGCCCAGCUUGGGAGAUGAGGAGUUUGAGAUCCCCCCAAUUACACCUCCACCUGAGACGGAGUCUGUUCUGGGCCUAUCGGAAGGGAACUCACCUUUCCACGCAAUGCAAGUUCCCCCAGCUCCACACAGGGGCCCCUUAAUCCCUCAGUUCCCCCCUCAGAGCCUGGAUCUGCCCUCUAUUACCAUCUCACGCAACAUGAUGGACCAGGGAGGGUUGUCUGUCAACAGUGGCCAACCUGUGAAUGUUGGACCAGGCCAUCAUCGCCAGUACCCACCCAACCCUGCCAUGGUGAUGAAAUCCAUCAUCAGCAUGAACAGCCCCAAUGGGAUGAUACCAAGGAACCAGUUGACCACCAUCAACCAAUCCCAACUCAACACACAGCUGAGUCUAAACAUGGCUGGACCCAACAUCAACCAUACUUCCCCAUCACCCCCUGCCAGCAAGUCAGCCACCCCGUCUCCCUCCAGCUCCAUCAACGAGGACGACCAGGAUGAUGGAAACAGGGUCAUUGGAGAGAAGCGACCAGCCCCCAUAGAUCCCGCAAAGAAGCCCAAGACUCCUAAGAAGAAGAAGAAGAAGGAUCCCAAUGAGCCUCAGAAGCCAGUCUCAGCAUAUGCCCUGUUCUUCAGGGACACCCAGGCAGCUAUUAAGGGGCAGAAUCCCAACGCCACAUUUGGAGAGGUGUCCAAGAUUGUUGCCUCCAUGUGGGAUGGUCUGGGAGAGGAGCAGAAGCAGGUUUACAAAAGCAAAACAGAAGCGGCAAAGAAGGAAUAUUUAAAAGCCCUUGCUGCGUACCGUGCAAGCCUGGUUUCUAAGGCUGCUGCAGAAUCAGCUGAGGCCCAGACCAUCCGCUCAGUACAGCAGACACUGGCGUCCACCAGCCUGUCCCCAGGCCUGGUACUGCCUUCACCCCUCAACCAGCACCCCUCCAUGUCAGCGGCUUCUCAGGCCCUCCAACAAGCCCUACCACGGGCAAUCGCCCCCAAACCUUUGCAGAUGAGACUAGGAGGCAAUCAGAUCGUGACCUCGGUUACAGUGUCCCACCAGAACAUGUCCCCUGGGAUGCCGCCGCAGAUGCUGGGCCAGAUGGGUGCCGGAGGGGCCAUGGUGGCUGGUGCACAGUCCACAGCCGUGUCUCAGAUGAGCCCGCCCAUGCAACCGGUGCAGCAGCAUGCCAUGCAGCAGCUCCAGCAGCAACAGCAGAUGCAGCAGCACCUCCAGCAUCAUCAGAUGCAGCAGCAGCAGAUGCAUCACCAGCAGAUCCAGCAGCAGAUGCAGCAUCAGCAUUUUCAACACCACCUCCAGCAACAGCUGCAGCAGCACCACAUGCAGCAGCAGCAACAGCAGCAGCAGCAGCAGCAGCAGCAACAACAACAACAACAACAACUCCAGCAGCAGCAGCAGCAGCAGCAGCAGCAACAACAGCAGCACCAGUCCCAGUGUUCCCCACCGCAGCACUCUCCUGGUACUCCACAUUCAGUAGGGGGCUCUUCAUCCCUAGGCAGCCCCCAGCCAGCCCAACAGCAGCAACCCCACCCCUCCCAAAUCCAGGCCCACGCCCAGGUCCUGUCCCAGGUCAGCAUUUACUGAGCCAAAUGGAAAUCCUAUCUCAAAGAACAGGAAUGGAAAAAAAAGCAUCAUACCAUGUUGCUUUUCUAAGUUGCACUUAAGAAGUGUGUAAGAUUUAGAAUGUUAUACAAAGAACUUGUCCAUUGUUAUAGACGGAUAUGCACAUGUGUGUACAGGGGAUAAACAUGUAAACUGUUCUCUGCCAUGGGAUUAGCUAUGUCAGACGCCCAGUAGAAUAAGCGCCCAGUAGUUGUUUAUUUGUGAGGUCUUUUCAGUUGUUAAUUUAAACUGACUGGGCACACAUUAUGCUGAAAGACGUGUGUCUUUCUCUGUUUUAUUUAACAAUAAAGCUUUAUUUAUGAGGCCUGAGUUUGUCAGUUCAGUGCGGCAAAAGGACAUAUUGAAAACGUUUCAACAAAAUGAUUUCUAUCAGCUCUCUCCUGGACUGAAUGACUCACAGGAUUUUUUUGCUGGAAACCAGAAACCCACACAUCCAUCUUUGUCCCCACAGUGGCCAGUAUAUAGCAAGGCUUUCUUUUCUCCAACCUUUAUCCUUCACCAUUUUGUUCUCUACGAUUGAAAUGUUCAACAAUGGGGUGGAGGAAAUGAUUGAUCAAAUCAUCACAUGGUGGAGCCUCAGUGAUAUUUGGACACAUUUAAACCAUGUCACAAAUGCAGACUAUCUCUAGAAGAAUAAGGGGAAAGAAAAUGACUGAACAGACAGAGACAGACCUGCCAUAAUUCAUUUAUGUCAUCACAUCUCACCAUCAAACUGUAGCUAUAAUCUGCUGUACAUGUUUUUGUAGAGUGGGGGCGAGAUGAAACCUCCUUUAUUCAGUAAUCAUAAUCAACCUUCCAGAGGAUUUGUCCAAAAGUGUGUAAUCCCCCACAAAAAAACCUUCUUUAAUGUAUUUGUUUUCUCUUCAGAUGUUUAACAAUUAAAUUAUGUUUUUAUUUUGUGUAAGAAAGGGGAUAUUUUAUGGUAAAUACAAAUAUUCAGAUCAAGGCAGAUGGUUUGGGGAUUGAUGUAUUUUUACUCUGCUCCUUGAUACCGUCAUUGUUUUAAAAAAAAAAAAAGAACACUAGCAGAGCCAGUUUGUUGCACUGCCAAAGCCAACUGAAAAAGGCAUCAGAGGUAUUUUCGCCAGCUGUACAGAAGUCCCUGGAAAAAAAUAGAAAAUGUUGUACAUUUUUCAAAUCACCUGUUGUAAAGUUUUAAUAUGUGAGGCUUUAAUUAAAACAUUGUUAAACGACCUGUGGAUUGCUAUAUCACAUAGUGCAUUUCUGCUCUUUUAUACUUUUUUAUGAGUUUCAAUAGCAGCGAUUUUGUUUGUAUUUUUGCUUACAAACCCAACUGCUUUAAAUCUGUCCAUAGAAUAAAUGCAUAUACGUAUGGAGAUCUUGAAAAGUUGUUUCAGCUCACAAUAGGAAAAGUAAUUUAAUGUUUGAGGUUUUGCUCGGCCAUGAAGAAGAAUCCAGAGACAUUCCAUCACUAAUAUGAUAGCAGCCAUAAUUUUGUAUGAAGUAUUAUAUAUUUCUUUGUGUCUCUGUUUAAAAUUAAACUAUCAAUCACAAGUA